AUGAACUAACCAAAUCAUGUAAUUUCAGAGAAUCUCGUGAUUUCAUAACCGCUUUAUGACAACGAUUUAGCUGCCUAAUCUAUUUAUGAUAAAUACCUGAAGGACUGUUCUUUGAUGCCAAUUCGAUUAAUAGAAGAAUCAAAGGAAACAUAAGAAAGGCCAUUUGCAGGAACAAGGCAAAGUAGUUAACAACAAUAGAAUUAAAGAAAUGAGCAAAUCAUUUAAGAAAUUAGUUCUUAAGAAAGAGAAUAAAGAAACCGAAAUCAAUAAUAAAUAUAGUAAGCCAAUUAUUAGUAGGAUCAAUAAUAUUAAAAUAAUCAAAUGAGACAUCCUCAAUAAAAUGUCUAUUAUCAUCAGAGACAAUUUAAUUAAUUCUAAAAUUAUCAUUACGAUUAGCAUCAAUACCAUUAGCAUAGAAGGAACCAAUAAAAUUAUAGAAUGGAAUAAGAAUAUUAUGGCCAUUAAAUGAGGAGAUAAGAAUAAGGAAGAAGAAGGCAGCAGUAACAACCAAAAUAUGGAUUGGAUUAAAACGAGAUAGCAGCUUUGACAGGGCUUCAUGUUGGGAUGAUGAAAACAAGAGAUGUAGUAUUUGCAUUUCAAACUUUGAGGAGAAUGAAAAGAUCAGAUUUUUGCCCUGUUUACAUAGGUUGCGUUGAUUCCUGGUUGGCAUCCAAAGGAUCAUGCCCAUUAUGUAAAAAGUAUGUCCGAUCCUUAGUUUAAUAAUUUUCAUGA